AUGAAGAUCCCGCUCGCUGCGCUGAGCAGACGAGCUCAUCCUCCACCUCGAUUAAAAGCGCCUCAGUCUCAGGGAUUACCCGCGGGACCUAGUUGCUCGAGAUGGUUCACUUGUUCUUGCUGUCGACAGGAAGCACCGAGGCGACUGGCCGGCGCUAGACCCUUCUCCGAUCGAGUGUCUCGAGUCGAUCCCUCGUCACCGACCACCUGGACUAGACUCCAUCUUCCUCCUUCUCUUCCCUAUUCCCCUGAAUCUAUCCCUUUCAAACGGCACUUACAAGCCUUGUCUCUGGCCCUGGGGUCAGAUGACCCAGAUACCUCAUGGCGGGUCUAUCAAUCGCUACAUGAUGAUCUCAAACGGCACGUCUCGGACGAUACUUACUGCGCGCUUAUCCAGCAUCAAUUGAACGUGAUCGAAUCGGUAUCAUCAGACCAUGUCAUCCAGCGUCUGGCCGAUCUGCUCAUCUUUGCCCGGACAUGCGAGAUGUCUUUCGAUAGGCUACCCAUUACCACACUCAAGAUCCUCGUCUCCCUAGACUUUGCACCUCGGCAUGACUUGUCUCCGGUUCUGUUCGAUAUAUGGAAAUGCCUCGCACGACGUCACGAUCUGUCCACCAUCCCUCUCGCCUCGCGCCGAGCAUGGCUGAAUCACCUACUCUCCUUCGCCUCAGUCGACACCUCAGACGCCUUCGAGGCGUACAAGUUUCUCGCCUCUCACCGAGCCAUCCGUGGUCUCGACGACCUGCUCCAUCGUAUCAUCCUACCCAAAACCCGACACACCAUCCAUACCCUCAUCCUUUCCCUGGAGCGCCUCGUAGACCUCUCCAUGUACACUCCACGCCUCUCACGCAUCACCACCUCUGUCCUCGCCCGACUGGCCCAAUGCCACCAUGUGAAACCACACUUCCAUACGCUCAUCGCCAUUGAUCAUCGAAUUAGCCGUCUCGCUAAGUCCGUGGAUGCCGAUCUUCGGACCCAAUGGGCCUCGAUCCGCCCUCGAUUCCUUAAACGCCAAGAACGGGCGAAACUAUUCGUGGGGAACACGACAACGUCGCAAAACCAACUGGUUAGUCUAGCCAUCAGCCAUCUUCACCGCCACAAAUCCCUCUCCGCCCUCAAUGUUGCCCUACGACUGCUUAAUACGGUGGUAUGGGACAGACGAUCGGAAUCUCUUCCGCUAGCCGGUCGCAUCGUCGACUUUCUCGCCAAGGGAGACAGACUGGGGCAUUCCACACUCGCCAGCACCAUCCGCCUCGUCGAGAUCCUCACCAAAGGGGACAUUCUCUCCCGCCAGUCUCCCGCUCUUCUCUCUAAAAUCCUCCAGAUCCUCACCACCUGCUUUCCCUCAUCACGCGCCUACUUCACCGCAAGACGACUCUACCGCCAAGCCCUGCGAUCCUCGCGCGGGAGAAGAUGGCUCGAUUGGAAUACAGUGCCUGCCGAGCAAUUCUCCACGUUUCUCCACAUGAGUAUGAAGGAUCCAACCGACCUCGCAUUUGCGUCUCAACUUUACUCCGACUACAUGGCCGAUAAUCUCCGACCGAGCACACGCGACGCCCUAGACCUCGUCUCGUCGGUCGCCAAAUCGACGAGCGCAUCGAGAGACAUCCUGCUCGAGCGGCACGUCAAAGAUUACAUCUAUCUUGACCUCGGACCAUUGCCUGAUCUCGCCAACGCCAUGGUAGACGGCUUAUGUUCUCACAACUCGCCCAAUGAAGCUUGGAUGGCAUUCUACAUUGCUCAUCGGAUCCUUCGACAGCCUCUUUCCAGUCCAUCGCGCAUGUUAAGGAUCAUGGACAUUCUGUUGAAGCAUACCACCGUCGACAAUGUCGCUCGAAGUCUUGUCGUCGCGCACCACAUGAAAAACUGGCACCAAAUCCCCGAUCGUAUCAUCGAAGCCUUGGCCACCCAAGUCGAAGGCAGCAGCAACCUCGGCGAAUCAAAACAACGCCUCAGCCUCGCCCUUCAACUCGUCGACGAAAUGACCAAACGAUGUAUUGUGCCAAAGCCCAUGUUCACCUCGCUUCUCAUUCGCGAAAUGGCGCAGGCGGGAGAGCUCGACCUAGCUUUGAAGAACUUUUGGACCUAUACGCGAGCCGGACAAAUUUUAACCGCGCAACUUGCCGCGACGCUGAUCAUCCGUCUGGCGAUGAGCAAGCGAUUUGGCGAGGCGAACGAGAUAGCCAAGGUGUACCGGGCGAACGACGUGGCGAUGCGGGGGGCGUUGGCCUACCUUGCUACGUGUCGUGGAAGCCGAGUGCAAGGGGCUGACGUGCAACCCUUUAUCGAUGCGGCGAGGGGUCUGACGGAUGGCGUCGGGGGUCCCAGCGUGGUCCAACCCGUGGUGGACGUUCCAGAGCCAAAGCACGUCCCUCCAUCAUCAUCAUCAAUGUCGAGACUCAAUUUUUCAGCCGUUGCAUCAUGGCCUGAACCCAACAUUGUAUUCAACUAA